CUUUCUUUUAAAAAUUAGAUUAAGACACCAUACGAUAAUAUGAAACACACGUGAUCGUUAUGAUAUGGAAGUAUCAUGACAUACAGAUUCCAACUUAAGAAGCCGGUGUUUAAGGUUCACCGCAAGGCUAAUGGAUUAUGCAAAAACUUGAUCAUAUGUUUAAGUGGUUCUCAUUUUCUUGGACGUACGAAAUACCAAAUAAUUGGACUGGUAGUUAUAUUCAGUGCAUUGCUGUUGGGAAUCACUACACUUAUUGAUAUCAUUAUAUUGGAUGGAAUGAUGAACUUUGCAGUUAAACGCCACCCCCAUGUCUGUGAGAAAGCUCAUUUCUUGACACAGCAAUUCAACGCCCAGCAAAAGAUGGUUAGUGACGAGAUACAAUUGCAAAACUUGCUGCUAAGUUCAAGCCAAUCCGUCACUGACCAUGCUAGGCAGAAAAUCCAUCCAAUCACUCAACAAAUUCUGGAGUCUGGGAGCCAUAUAUGCCCCUUGAUAUCUGGUACACUAGUUGGUCCAUUAAAAGUUAAUGAAGACUUAACCACGCUUGAUGAAGAUCUUAAAAUUCUUGAAUCUGAGUUCAAAGCAAGAACUUCUGUUCAUUCUAAUUUAGCUCAUCGGGUUAAGAAAAGUCUGGAAGAAAAGGAUGAAAAAUUGAUCACUGUGAACACUAUAGAAGAGCUUCAGAAAGCCCAAGUAAAUUACACAAAUGCAUAUUUCCCUCUUUCCAAUGUGGAGCCUCCAGUAGGAGUUGUUACACCAGGCAACUGCUACCCACACAGACGGACUGCGAUUGUUAUACCGUACAGAAAUCGUAGCGAGCAUUUAAAAGUUUUUCUACGCCAUUUGCACCCAAUAUUACUGCGACAGGACAUUGAAUACGGAAUAUACGUAAUUAAUCAGGUUGGAAAUGGGAAAUUCAACCGAGCAAAGCUACUUAAUGUUGGCUUUAGUGAAGCAUUGCAGCAUUACAAUAAAUAUGAUUGCGUCAUAUUUCAUGAUGUUGAUUUACUACCAGAGGAUGACAGGAACAUCUACACAUGCAGUUCCCAGCCCAAACAUAUGUCCAUCGCUGUUAAUAUAUUUGACUACAAGUUACCAUAUAAUGAUAUCUUCGGGGGCGUGACGGCACUUACACCAGCACAGUUUCAGUUGGUUAAUGGAUAUUCCAACGAGUAUUGGGGUUGGGGAGGAGAAGAUGAUGAUAUGUACAAGAGAAUCAGGUAUAACUGCAUGUCAAUAUUACGAAUAUCUGAAGAGCAUGCAAGGUAUUUGAUGGUGAGACACCAUAAGGAUAAAGGAAAUGAAAUAAUGCCUGAAAGAUUCACGCUAUUAAAGGCAUCAUUAAACAGACAGCCAUACGACGGGUUAAAGUCGCUAAAUUACACAGUUCAUAAUCGUAUGUUUGGUGUUUUGUACAACAAUAUCAGUGUUUCUAUCGGAGAACCUUUGGUCAAAACCAUGACACAAGAGGAACAGGCUGUUCAUUUUGGAAUUGGCAUUGUCGGAAUCUUUAUAAUCUACAUUUUACUGUUUAAACGAACCUGUUCUUGAAAAUUCGUCAAACAUUUAAUUUCAAUCAUGCCAAACUUGGUCUAAGGUUUUACCUUGUAGUCUAGAAAUAUUUCUACCUCCAGGUUGCCAUGCAAAUUUUUUCGCCAAGCAUACUGUCUAUACAAAUGCAACACCAUGUUUAUUAGAAUGCGAUACAUUAGUUUUAUCUUCAACUAUGUGUCGAAACAACUGGUGCGUUAUUUAAAUUUUUCCAAGGAGUUGCAUUCUAAGAUAAAUAAUUAUAACUUUGGUAAAAAUGUCUCCAAGAGUCUGUAGUGGGGGGUUGUAGGCUAGCAAGCAUUUCUAAAUGCAUCACAGCAGAAAAGUUAAGAACCAAUGACAUACAUGCAAAUUGUAGCAGCUUCACACAUAGAAUUGUCCAUAGAUAUAAUAUUACCAAUUACAACUGGAUAUUUUUAGUGAUAAUAUUUUAAUAAGAAUUAAUCUUGAAUGUUCCUGUGCAAUAAUGCAGUUAAACCAUUUAUACCCCACUGUUUUCUUAUUGAUUUGUGUCUCCCUAGAACUAACUAUGUAGUAAAAUACCCAGCGAAAUAUUGCUUAAAACAACGCCAUAAUACUGUUCUUUAUUGUGUCAACUAAUCUAACAUGAAUUUUUUUCGUGAUUUUGGCGGUAAUUCUAACUAAAUAAUACGUUUUUUGUUAUUAUCAAUUUAUCAUGUGCCUUACACAAUUUGCCAUAUAUAUAUAUCUACGAAAUCAUUGUGCAUGAAAUGUAACACAAUAUUGUUGUUAAAUUUGGUUCUACCAGCUUAACAAAAUAACUAUCUGAUUUAUUUUUAAUCCACCUGUUUCUGGUGUUUAUAGCCAGCCAGCUUAAUAUGUACUGUGGAGUGUAUGUGAACAUUACAAAUAGAUAAGAAAGUAAGGCUUUUGUUCAGUAUACCUUCGUGUUACACUGACUGCAAUUGAAAAGUGUUGACUUACCCAAUUAUGUUCUGUAGGAAUCUGUUGUGUUUCUUUUGCACCAUGUUUCCAUAAGUGUAUAGCUGAUUAGCUGUAUCAUUAAAACACAGAAUCUUUUCCAGUUUUCUCUAAAAACGAAUAUAUAUAUAUAUUUUUGUAUGUAAUUUAGAGCAAGAGAUUAAAAUGCUGCGAAAAAUGAUAUUUAAUUACAGAAUUAUAGAACCAGAACCUACAAAAUGUGUAAUUUUGAUUUAGGAGAAUAAAUAAACUUUUUUCACA